AUCCUCUUACUCUUGUCCUCGCAUUUUCCUUCACACACAUCCUAUCACAACCUCAUCAUACCAUAGCUUCUUCUUUGAUCUUUUUUUUUUUUGCCAGAGUGCCACCCCUACUUCUUCUUCUUCCAUUAUUGAUCCAACAUGGCUGCUGCUAUAGGUGCUGCAGUCUCUUUUCCAUCCUCAAAGUCGUCGUCUCUCCACACCAAAAGCUCCUUCGUUUCCCCUCAAAGGAUUUUCCUCAACAACAAGAGCACAGUGUGCUACAGAGAGGCGUGUAUUUAUGGGGGAAGAGUGAAGGCUCAGGUGACAACUGAGACGCCAGUGAAAGUAGCCAAGGAGUCGAAGAAACAGGAAGAAGGAAUUGUUGUCAACAAAUUCAAACCAAAGGAUCCUUACACUGGUAGAUGCCUCUUGAACACCAGGAUCACUGGCGAUGAUGCUCCCGGUGAAACCUGGCACAUCGUCUUCAGCACCGAAGGUGAGGUUCCAUACAGAGAAGGGCAGUCGAUAGGAGUGAUUCCAGAAGGAAUUGACAAGAACGGGAAGCCCCACAAGCUGAGGUUAUAUUCAAUUGCCAGCAGUGCCAUUGGUGACUUUGGAGACUCCAAAACCGUUUCUCUCUGUGUCAAGAGAUUGGUUUACACUAACGAAAGUGGAGAGCUUGUUAAGGGAGUAUGCUCCAAUUUCUUGUGUGACUUGAAGCCGGGUGAUGAGGCAAAGAUCACUGGACCAGUUGGGAAGGAAAUGCUUAUGCCUAAAGACCCAAAUGCCACCAUCAUCAUGCUUGGGACAGGAACUGGAAUAGCACCAUUCAGAUCAUUUUUGUGGAAAAUGUUCUUUGAGGAGCAUGAGGACUACAAGUUCAACGGUUUGGCAUGGCUCUUCUUGGGUGUACCCACAAGCAGCUCAUUGCUCUACAAGGAGGAGUUUGAGAAGAUGAAGGAGAAGAACCCGGAAAACUUCAGGUUGGACUUUGCGGUGAGCAGAGAGCAGACGAACGAGAAGGGAGAGAAAAUGUACAUACAGACAAGAAUGGCAGAGUAUGCAGAAGAGCUGUGGGAGUUGCUGAAGAAAGACAACACCUUUGUUUACAUGUGUGGUCUCAAGGGUAUGGAGAAGGGUAUCGAUGAGAUCAUGGUCUCACUUGCUGCUAAAGAUGGGAUCGAUUGGUUGGAGUACAAGAAGCAAUUGAAGAAGAGUGAGCAGUGGAACGUGGAAGUCUACUAAGCUUGCUAGUUGCUAGUGAGAGGUUUAUUACUAUGUAGAUAAAAGGAGCUUAUGCCAUUGCCAAUUAUUCAUUUUCUGCAUUUUUCCUUUUUUUUUCUCUCUCUUUUUCAACAAUAUUAUGAAAUACAUGCUCUGUAUCAUAGUAGAGAAGAAUUUGACA